AAAUUGUAGCCGUUGGAGGAGCGAGCGAGAAGCUCCAACAUCCGUCGCUUUCUCCAGACAAUAAUUUUGAUUUUUGUUUUGGGUAUUUCUCGAAUCAAUUCUUCUUUUUGGAUAUUUUUUCUUGGAUUUUUUCUAAAUCUAAUUAAUUUUUAUUACAAAAUAUCUCUGUUUUUUCUUCUUCUAUAAACUCUGCAAUCGUUUCUCUCUCUCUCUUUCUAUUUGAUUCGGAAAUCUCCUGUUUCCAGAUUUUGAGUUCUCUCUCUCACUUUUCCGUGUUCGUUGUUGUUUCGAUCUGAGACUCAUUCUUCUUCUUGAAUCGUUUAUAGUAUCCAUUUGUGAAAAGUUUCCUAUUUUGGAUCAUAAAAAUUAUUAAUUGUUUUUCUGAUUUGUCGACUUGUCUUAGUCGGCGUAAUAUUGAGAGGAGGAAAGGAGUGGCUCAUAUACUUUUCCCAUAUUCCUUCUUCUCUCAUAUAAAUAUAUAUAUAUAUAUAAGCAUUUAUUUUCUCCUGUCUUUCUGUUUGGUACACUACACGGUAUUAAUUUUCGUGGGAAAAUAAAAAGAGAAGGGAAAAAAGGUUGAGGAAAGCAGGAUCACAGGAUUUUCGCCGAUCCUUGCAAACCCACCUGGUAAAAACCGUUUCUUUUCCCUCCAUUAGCGAAAAUAAGAGUUUUUAGUUAUCGGGCAUUUGUGGGUUUUACUUUGUUUUUUUUCCCUUUGAUAUUUUCUCGGGAAAAUGAUGGAACAGAUGAGUUUUUCUAAGUGGGUUUUGGUUUUAAGGCUAUGGGGUAGCUUCUUCUUCUUCUUCUUGGGUCUCUUUGGUUUUGGUGUUGUUGAAGGACUUGGUGUGAAUUGGGGGACUCAGGCUACUCAUAAACUGCCCCCCAAAACUGUGGUCCAGAUGUUGAAAGACAAUGGUAUUCAAAAAGUGAAGCUUUUUGAUUCAGAAGACUCCACCAUGACUGCUCUGGUUGGGAGUGGUCUUGAGGUUAUGGUGGCUAUUCCCAACGAUCAGCUUCAGGCCAUGAACAGCUAUAAACGAGCUCAAGAAUGGGUUAAGAGAAACGUAACUCGUUACAACUUCAGUGGAGGAGUUAACAUCAAAUAUGUUGCAGUUGGCAAUGAACCUUUCCUAUCAUCGUACAACGGUACAUUCCUAAAUAUCACCUUCCCGGCCCUUGAAAAUAUUCAAAAGGCACUCAAUGAAGCUGGGGUUGGAGAUUUUAUAAAAGCAACUGUGCCCUUAAAUGCAGAUGUGUACAACUCACCAGAAAACAACCCUGUUCCAUCUGCUGGAAGGUUUCGACCUGAUAUCAAUCAAUUGAUGACACAGAUAGUCCAGUUCCUCGACGCAAACAAGGCACCUUUCACUGUAAACAUUUAUCCAUUCCUGAGCCUUUAUGGGAAUGACAACUUCCCAUUUGAUUUCGCCUUCUUUGAUGGUGCAAGCAAUCCCGUUGUCGAUGCAGCUACAGGAAUCCAAUACACUAAUGUGUUCGAUGCGAACUUUGACACCCUGGUGGCAGCUCUGAGAGUAGCCGGAUAUGGAAACAUGCCCAUAUUGGUUGGAGAAGUAGGCUGGCCAACCGAUGGGGACAAGAAUGGCAAUGUUGGCAAUGCUUUUAGAUUCUACAAUGGUCUUUUACAAAGACUUGCAAGUAACAAGGGCACCCCACUGCGCCCUGGAUACAUUGAAGUUUACUUGUUUGGACUCAUUGAUGAGGAUGCUAAAAGCAUAGCGCCAGGAAGUUUCGAGCGCCACUGGGGGAUUUUUAGGUACGACGGGCAGCCUAAAUUCGGGCUUGAUCUUUCUGGUCAGGGUCAAAACAAGCUACCUGUGCCUGCUCAGGAUGUGAUGUAUCUUCCCAACAAAUGGUGUACGUUUAAUCCAAAUGCCAAGGAUUUGAGCAAACUCGCAGAUAACAUAAACUAUGCCUGCACCUUCUCGGAUUGCACAGCUCUCGGUUAUGGUUCCUCUUGCAACAACUUGGACGCCAAUGGAAAUGCUUCGUACGCGUUCAACAUGUACUACCAGAUACAGAAUCAGGACGACAGAGCUUGUAACUUCGAAGGUCUUGCCAUGGAGACCACACAGAAUAUUUCACAAGGAACUUGCAAUUUCAUCAUCCAGAUUCAAUCUUCUUCUGCAUUUUCGAUUAGACCCUCUUCGAUUGCUUCGAUAUUUUUGACCAUUUUUACAUUUGUUGCUAGAGAUAUUCUUAGCUCUUUGUAGAGAGAUAUGAUGUAUCAUAUCUAUUGGCAGAUGCUCUCACUGUCUUUGUUAUAUUAUUAGAUAGUUUUAGCUUCCAUGGAUGAUGAUGAUGAUGAUGAUGAUGCUGAUGUUAUUGUUUUUGGAGAUAUUUUUAUUACUUGACAGAUUUAUUUAUUGUCAUUCAUAACUCACAAGCAUGAGAAUUCAAGGCAGUGGGGGCCAUGAAUGGUGGUGCUGCUAUUGGUAAGAAAAUAAUAAAACAUUAUCAUUAGAUUACUCAUUA